UCAGCUGUUUGCACCAACAGAGUCUAGAGACCAUUAGUUCCCAAAACCAAUAUAAUUUCUAUUAUAACCAUUAAAUCCAUUAAAAUUUCCAUAUUGUUUUCUCCAGCACAGAUUAAAAAAACAUUUUUGCUAUUUUGUAUAUAGAUGUGGCAUAAGAUAAAUAAUUGUAUCAACAAUAAGGUAGUUGGGCUUUCAGACUACAGUGAGGAACUGGAGAAACUGGGCAUCCUUAUUAAAGCCAGAAUUUUUCUUGUGUUCCAGGGUGCAGUGGAGUCCAUUGCUAUGAAGAACCCUAAGGAAAGAACUGCUUUGUUUGAGGAGAUCUCCCGCUCUAGUGAGCUGGCCCAGGAAUAUGACCAGAGAAAGAAAGAGAUGAUCAAAGCAGAGGAGGACACACAGUUCAACUAUCACCGUAAGAAGAACAUUGCAGCUGAGCGCAAGGAGGCCAAACAGGAGAAAGAGGAGGUAGUGAUGGAGCAACUUGGAGAUGCUCGCAUUGACAGGCAGGAAAACAGUCGCCAGCAGCGCAAAGCUGAAAUUAUGGAGAGCAUUAAACGGCUUUAUCCUGGCUCAGUGUAUGGCAGACUGAUCGACUUGUGCCAGCCCACCCAGAAGAAAUACCAGAUUGCUGUAACCAAAGUCUUGGGAAAAAACAUGGACGCCAUCAUCGUGGACUCUAAAAAGACUGGAAGAGAUUGCAUCCAGUACAACAAAGAGCAAAGAGGAGAACCAGAGACCUUUCUGCCUCUCGACUAUUUGGUGAAGCCCACAGAUGAGAAACUGAGAGAGCUUCGUGGGGCAAAGCUUGUCAUUGACGUGAUUCGCUAUGAGCCUCUCCACAUAAAGAAGGCCCUUCAGUAUGCAUGUGGAAAUGCUCUUGUGUGUGAGAACGUGGAGGACGCCCGCAGAAUUGCCUUUGGAGGACCCUAUCGUCAUAAGACAGUGGCCUUGGAUGGAACCUUCCAAAAGUCUGGUGUGAUCUCUGGAGGAGCCAGUGACUUGAAAGCCAAGGCUCGACGCUGGGAUGAGAAAGCUGUUGACAAACUCAAGGAAAAGAAAGAGAAACUAACAGAAGUGUUAAAUGAACAAAUGAAGGCAAAGAGAAAAGAGGCGGAGCUUAGACAGGUCCAGUCACAGGCUCACGGGCUGCAGAUGAGGCUGAAAUACUCUCAGAGUGAUCUGGAGCAGACAAAAACUCGACAUCUCUCCCUUAGCAUGCAGGAGAAAUCAAAGUUGGAGAGUGAGCUGGCUAAUUUUGGUCCACGAAUCAAUGACAUCAAAAGAAUCAUCCAAUCACGAGAAAGGGACAUCACAGAGUUAAGAGACCGCAUGAACCUGGUAGAAGAUGAGGUCUUUGUUGAGUUCUACAAGGAGAUUGGUGUGCGAAAUAUCCGAGAGUUUGAAGAGGAAAAGGUCAAGAGACAAAAUGAGAUUGCUAAAAAACGGUUGGAAUUUGAGACACAGAAGACUCGUCUGGCCAUUCAACUUGAUUAUGAGAAGAACCAGUUGAAGGAAGACCAAGAAAAAGUGAUGAUGUGGGAGCAGACUGUAAAGAAAGAUGAGAAUGAGAUUGAAAGACUUAAAAAGGAGGAACACAGACAUAUGAAAAUUAUUGAUGAAACAAUGGCACAACUGCAGGAUCUGAAGAACCAGCACCUCACCAAGAAGGGGGAAGUCAAUGACAAGAACCGAGAGAUGGAGGAUAUCCGCAAAAAACUAGGAGCUGCCAACAAGUUCGAGACAAUUCCUUAUUUUCUAUCUCAUGGCCAGAAUAUAUGUAAACACAUAUAUAUGACAAACACACACAUAGCUUUUUUGCAGUCAUAAACACUCAUCUUAUACAGUUUGGGUUAAUCGCACUUCACAUCAGCACUUUCAUCUCUCGCAAUGCAGGAAAGCUCUCAGGUCGAGGAUUCGAUUAGCAGUCCAAAAGCUUCAAGUUCUGUGCAUGCCAAGGAGGCACUCAUAGAAAUUGACCAGUACAGUAACUUGCAUGAGGAUCUAAAGGACGCUCUUUCAGAAGAGGAGAUAAAAGCAGAGAUGAACACUCUUCAGCAGAGGCUGAAUGAACAGCAGAGCAUCCUGCAGAGGAUUAGUGCUCCAAACAUGAAGGCCAUGGAGAAACUUGAGAGUGUUCGUGACAAGUUUCAGGAGACCAGUGAUGAGUUCGAGGCUGCCCGUAAAAGAGCGAAGAAAGCAAAACAGGCUUUUGAACAGAUAAAGAAAGAGAGGUUUGACCGUUUCAAUGCCUGUUUUGAGUCUGUGGCCACCAACAUUGAUGAGAUUUACAAAUCAUUAUCGCGUAACAGUAGCGCACAGGUUAAUAAAACACUCUAAGAUUGUUUUUUUAUAAUAUUAGAAAUGCUUAAAGGGAUAGUUCACCCAAAAAUGAAAAUUCUGUCAUCAUUUACUC